AUGCUUGAUUAAAAAUCAUCCUACUUUGAAUCUAGGCAAAAUUUAUCUCUUCUGGAAAACAGAAUUAAAAGGCUGGUAUUCGAAGAUGAUAGAGCAAAAAAACUUACUUAACUAGCCAAUGAGAAAGCAGAUAAACUUCUCAAAGCACGAGAAAGACAUUAAAAGGAGUUAGAGGAGAAAUUUUACAUUUAGAGUUUAAGGAAAUAGAAAGAAGAUGAAAUGAAGAUGAUUAAUAAACACUUGAGAGACUAGCAUCGCUUUAAGUUGUAGGAUAAAAGAAAUUAGUUAGUCAUGCGAAAUUAGAAUGUCAGAGAUAAUAUUCAGAAGACAUUAAGGGAAGUACAAAUGAAGAAGAAUCUGGAUGAAGAGCUAGAAUUGAAUUAAAAAUAUGAAAAAAAGAACUAGAUAGAGGAGAGGAAAAAUUACUUUAUUCACUUGAAAAAUGAAUCUAAAAAACUUAUGAUGAACUACUAGAAUGAUUAAUAUAAAUUGUAGCAGAUCUAGACUGCUAAACAAACCUAGAAGAAUUUUGAAAGGAUGCAAUAGCUGGAAUAGGUUGAAAAAAUUUUGCUUGAUAAGUUAGGUUAAACACAAUUGUCCUAGAGAGAUGCUUUGAUAAAUCUUUAAAAAGCUGUAUAGGUUUGCAACUCAGGAAUUGACCUGGAGAGUAUAAAGUAAAAAGCAGCUCCUAAAUCAACUAGAAAUCACAACCAUAAAAAACAGAAUAGCAUGAGCUAGAAUCUCAAUACUGAUAGCUCUGAUGGAUUAUUUUUGACAAGCACUGGAGGUAUAGAAUAAGUUUAAGUUAAUCUUAACAAUACAAUUCUAUGA